GCUAGUUUAGCGACUAGCCUGGGUUGGCUUGUGCUCAAAACAGUUGCCUGGUUAAUUAGCCGCUUGUUUUGAAUGUUUGAUCCCUAGGAAUUAGGCAAACACUUUCCAGCCCCGGUUGACGAGGGACACAAGGUGGAAUAAAGUCUUGACUCUUCGCCUUUCGAUAUUUCUCCCCAUUGCUAUCCACAUAGCUACUUCUACUUUUGGGUCUCAAUGAUUCAUCAUGGACCAGUUUCUCCUCGACAAUGUCUCUCAGUACCAGUCUCUUGUGAGCGCGUUCAAGCCCACGACCGGGACUGGCCAGGGAAAACAAGAUACGACUACGAAUCCAGACAUUGUUGUUAGCACCCGAAUUAGACCAGUCUUGGCCGAAGAGUCCUCUGCCGGGCUCGUCUCGGGAGUGUUCCCCCGCAAGGGUGCAAAUGGCGUCGUGGAUGUCCAUGAGCUCCGGAAGACGGUGAAAGGGCAGCCAGCAUUGAACUCUGCAACCUUCGAUGUUGACCAGGCAUUCGGGCCAGAGGACAGCACUGAGAAGGUGUUUGAGGCUCUUGUCCAGCCUCUGGUUCCCUGGGUGUGGAGUGGAGGAAUUGGCAUCAUGUUCGCUUACGGACAGACCGGGUCGGGCAAGACGUUCACCGUGAGCGGCCUUGAAGAGCUCAUUGCCGAGGCAUUGAUGGACGGCGGUCUUGAGGGGCAACGGAAAGUAAACGUUUCCAUUAUUGAGCUGGCAGGCAAUUCCGCGUACGACCUCCUCAACUCCCGCAAGCCCAUCUCAAUCCUCGAGGACUCAUUUGGCACCACCCAGCUCGCCGGAGCACUGGAGCACCACAUCACCAGCAAGGCGGCGCUCCUCGCCGUCAUCGAGGAGGCGGCCACGUUCCGGCGGACGGCGCCGACGCAGAAGAACGACACCUCCUCGCGGAGCCACGCCAUCUGCCGCAUCCGCAUCGAGAACCCGACGAUCCCGUCGGCCGAGGACGGCUUCCUGUACGUCAUCGACCUCGCCGGCUCCGAGGCGGCCCGCGACGUCAGCGCCCACGGCGCCGACCGCAUGCGCGAGACGCGCGAGAUCAACACCAGCCUGUCGGUGCUCAAGGACUGCAUCCGCGGCCGCGCGGCCGCGGACCCGCUCCUCUUCUCGGGGACCACGGCGGCGGCCGGGGGGAAGAGGCCGCACGUGCCCUUCCGCCAGAGCGCGCUGACCAAGGUGCUCAAGCCCGUCUUCGACCCGGCGGGCCUGCGGAGCUGCAGGACCGUCGUGCUCGCCUGCGUGAACCCGUGCCUCGCCGACGUCGCCGCCACCAAGAACACUCUGCGCUACGCCAAGCUGCUGCGCGUCGCCACGCCGCGGGCCGCGCAGCUCGAGUACCACCCCGCCGUGCCGGUGACGUGGUCGAACGAGCAGGCCCGGAGGUGGAUCGACAAGAACUCCGGCAACCCCCCCAUCCCAUCCGCCACCCUCGCCCCGACCGAGUCCGGCAUCCAGCUCCUGCGCCUCCCGGCGGCCGAGUUCCUGACGCGCUGCCUCGCCUCGGCGCCCGACCCCGAGCGCGCCGCCGCCUUCCGGUCCAAGCUCUGGCAGCUGCACGUCGACUCGCAGCAGCGCCACUGGCACCAUCGUCAGCCCGCCGCCGCCGCGGUGCGCAACGACCGCGUGCCGGCGGACGGGCAGUCGUCGAGCCGCGACCCGUUCCAGGCGGAGGCGGAGGGAGACGACAAGGAGGAGGUGGUGCCGUUCCGGAAGCGCAUCCGGCCAGGAAUGGUGGUGCGGUGGGAGCCGCCGGCAAAAUUCCCGAUGAGGCUGCCGGGGAAGCAGAAUAUGGUCGUCGUGCUGUGUCCGGUGUCGGCUGUUGGGGCGAGGGUGCGGGAUGUGCUGGGGAAGGAGGUGGUGAGGGAGGCGGGGGAGGCGGGGGAGGGGAGAUACCUGUGCGCCAUGGUGCUGCCGAGUGUCGCGCCCGAGUCGUAUGAGCUGGCUUUGUGGCGGCAGGUUGUGGUGGAUGUGGAGGCGAUGGAGGCCGAGGUGCUGCUUGAGUACGAUGUCGCUACGCGGUACUACUUCAUGGCUGUGUGAAGUUUCCGAUCGUAUGAUCGGAUGUUGAUAUCUGUC